AUUUUAGUUGAAAUAUAUCACUCAUUGUUUGAUCGCAAGUGAAACAAUAUGUUCUCCAAAAUCGUAGCUCUCUGUGGAUUGGUGGCGGUGUGCCAGGCUGGUCUCCUGCCCGCCCCCGUGCACUACUCGUCUGCUGCCGCCGUCUCCUCCCAGAACAUCGUGCGCCACGACCAGCCCGCCCAGCAGGUCGCCUACCACGCUGCUCCCGCUGUCGCCUACCACGCCGCCCCCGUUGCCGUCGCCUACAAGGCCGCUCCUGCUCACUACUCUUCAGCUGCUGCCGUCUCUUCCCAAAACAUCGUGCGUCAUGACCAGCCAGCCCAACGCGUAGCCGUCGCUGCCCCAGCUGUGGCCUACCACGCCGCCCCUGCCGUCGCCUACCACGCCGCCCCCGCUGUGGCCUACCACGCCGCCCCCGCUGUGGCCUACCACGCUGCUCCCGCCCCUGUUGCCUACCACGCCGCCCCCGUCGUAGCCCGCGCUGAAGAGUUCGACGCUCACCCCAAAUACGAGUACAACUACUCCGUAGCUGACAGCCACACCGGUGACAACAAGUCCCAGCAGGAGUCCCGCGACGGUGAUGUCGUGAAGGGCUCGUACUCCUUCCACGAAGCCGACGGCUCCGUCAGGACUGUGGAGUACUCCGCCGACGACCACAGCGGCUUCAACGCCGUGGUACACAACACCGCCCCCACUGCCGCUCCCGUGCUCGUCAAGGCCGCUCCCGCCUACGUUGCUGCGCCCGCUCACUACUACCACCAUUAAACAAAAGAAAAACUCUCAUUAUUUAUUGAUGUAAUAAAUUAAGUGUGAUAAUUGA